CUGAUUGAUUUGAGCUUCGGCCUUUGCUUUGCUUUUCGGGUCAAUGUCAACAUGGUUUUCGGUGGGACGCACUAUCCGAAUCUUAAGCAGUUUGUAUAAAAUUGGGCCCCGCCGCCCCAGCGCCACAUAUUCAUCGCAAUGGCGCUCAGCUCGACGGUUGUCUGUCUUCUCGCCGGUUUGCUUCUCCUCAGUCUCGCGCGGGCAGAUGUGGGCGUGGCCACGCAGCGUCUUCGCCCAGCGGAGCAGCAGAAAUCGGCCCUGUAUCCAGCAGCCGGCUUUAAGCCCUCUAGAAAGUUUGGCCUCCCGGCAACCGCCCAGCAACCGAAAUCCGCUCGUCUUGUGGCCAACAGUGAAGCGCAGGAGGAUCUCGACGACGCCGCCGAGGAGGUGGAGCUGACCCAACCCAAGACAGUUCCUGUGCCACGCCUAGUUCCUGCUCCAAGGCCAGCAUUACCGGUAACGCCCACCAUCGCAUACUAUCCGGCCGGAGCCGUGGGAUUCGUCCAGCCAUCAACUUUCGCCAAGUUCAUCAGGGGCCCACAGCAGGCGGCGCCAUAUGUAGCUGCGCCGCAGUACUACCAAGCCUAUUUUGGAUAGACAUGAACAGAUACAGGUGCAGAUACAGAUACAGAUACAACUACAGAUACAAAUAUAAAUUAACUUAGAUAACUUAUAUUGUUAAGCCUGGCCUGUUCCACACAUACAGUAAUCCCAUUCUACAUAUAUGUACUCCGUCCGUAUGAACGUCGAAAUAUCUGAAAUUAUAAGAACGAGAAGAUUCAGUUUGUGUCAGAACAA